AUGGGCGGCCGCUGGCUGCAUGUGGCGGAAGCUACUGCGAACCUGAUCCUCUUGUUGCAGAAAGCUUGCAGCAUCAGCUUCCGCGAGUUCAGUGCACAUGUGAAGGAUGCCAUGCGGUCCCAAGACAUGGGUCCAGCCCAAAGGUCGGCCAUCAAAUGGCACAUCCUUGUGAUCACGGCAUGCCUCGCCUGCUGGAUGGUUUGCCAUGUCGCGAAGGUCCGACUUGUUGCAAUGGGCGGUGGGCAGAUGACAUGGCAAGUCGCCGUGUUGCCUUGCCUCCAAUGCCUUUAUCGUGCAGCUUGGGCUUUAUGGCUCCUGCGUUUGAACGAGUUUGUCAGCGAGCUCGUGGAUGUCUUCUGCCGCAGCUACGCGAGUAGCCCUGAAGGUGUGGAGUCAGCCUAUGUUCGCUGGGCUCGCGUCUCUGCUUUUACCGGGCAGAUCACAGAACAUUGCCACGCAGUAUAUGGAGUCAUAUGUGUGACUGCGCUGAUGGGUGGAGUUGCCCCCAUUAGGGGGAUCUUCAUGCCAAGCAGCUCCUCGCAGCGCACCGACUGGAUGCUGCCGCAGCUGACAGCGAGCAUCGUGGCGUUCUGCUUGAUGACCUAUGUCUGUGGAAGUACUGCCAUGGUGAGUGAAAAGUGCAAGAAGGCAGCCUCCUUUGUGAAUUCCUUGCAGGGUUGCUUACCUGGGGAUGCGAGGGCUGAGAUUCGCCGGCUGGUCGGCUACAUGGCGAGCAGUGACUCUGGCUUGUUCUUCGGGGGAUGCAAGCUCGAUCUUCGCUUCCACUCAAAACUGCGGUACGCGACCUUCAGGGCCUCGGUCUUCUUUGCCGUACGCCUCCAGACCCUGCCGGAGGCUCACAAAGCCCUUCUGGCAGAACAGUGGGGUCGUUUCCUGCAUGCUUUGGCCGUGUGGGAGUGA